AUGUUUUAUGAAAACGAAAUGAAAUGCCAGCGUCAUCUUUAAAAUUUAAUUACAUCGAUAUGCGUUGAUCGUGAGUGCAAAUUUCAAAGGAAACUUUGCGCACGUUGCCUAGAUUUAGAUGUACAUGGAGCCAACAACACUGUUUCUAUAGAUAAAUUCAAAGAAAUGGCUAACAAGAAAUUAGAAAUCUUUAAACAAACAUCCAAUGAACUUGCCAAUUCAAGAGCAGCUUUUAAAUAGAAGAUUUCUCAAGCUUAAAUCAUGCUGAAGACUUUUUUGGAUGAUUCAUCGGAAUAAAUCAAAUAAUUAUUCGAUAGAUUUGAUCAGGAAAACUAAUCCUACAUAAAUCUGAUCACUAAAAUCGUCUAAAAUCCAGCAGAAUCCUAAUAAACUGAUUUAGAAAAAUUAGUCUCCAUUAUUAUUGAAGAAGAGAGAUAAAUAAAAGAUUAGAAUAUUUAGAAAAUUUGUGAUCUGAAGGUUUUAGAUGAGAUUAAGAAUGAGUGGGAAAAUGGAAUUAAGACUGUUUUUUAAAAUUCCAAUGAAUUAUUAUAUAAGAUUAAGUAAAUCCAGUUAGUUGAGGGUGAAGUUUAUUAAAAAGAGAAGGAUCUCUUUAAAAUUCUUGCUUCGGAUAUUGAUGAAUAAAUUUUAAAAAAAGUUAUUGAUUAGCAGGGAAAUGAUAAUAUUUCGAAUAUACUAACAUUUUUUUCAAAGCUAUCAGAUAUAAAUCUAUAUGCAUCAUUUGUCAAUGAGCAAGUGACAAUUUAAGAUAUAAAACAGAAAAUUAAAAAUAUCAUGAAUGCUUUGAGAAAUAUUUUAGAUCAUCCCUUUAGUCAAAUAAAUUAUAGCGAAGAAAGUUAUGAAGAGGAAAGAUUCAAUCUCAUUAAGAAGAUAUCAGGAAAUAAGAUGAUUGUAAAUUUUCUUAAAUGUCUAGUCUAAUUGACAAAUAUUGAUGAAAAAUUUAUUUAAUGCGGAUCAAAUGGAUUAAAUUUAUUAGCACAGAUGAAGGUUGAUCUUACCAACGAUAACUUUUAAGGCAUCAGAAUAAAAAAUACAUCUUUGAUAGGUGGAAAUUUUGUAAGAUGUAAUUUUAGUAAAUCGAAGUUUGAAGAUGUAGAUUUAACGGGAGUGAAUCUUAAUGGAGCUCUUUUAUUGAAAUGUGAAUGGAAGAACAUUAAAAUCCAAGAACUUAAUAAAUUGGAUGGUCAUAGUAAUUGGAUCCAAUCAGUAUGCUUCUCACCAGAUAAAACUACUUUAGCAUCUGGCAGUGGUGAUAAGUCAAUACGAUUAUGGGAUGUUAAGACAGGAUAAUAAAAAGCCAAAAUAGAUGGUCAUAGUGAUAGAGUAUGGUCAGUAUGCUUCUCACCAGAUGGAACUACUUUAGCAUCUGGUAGUGAUGAUAAGUCAAUCAGAUUAUGGGAUGUUAAAACAGGAUAAUAAAAAGCCAAAUUGGAUGGUCAUAGUAAUACUGUCUACUCAGUAAGCUUCUCACCAGAUAACACUACUUUAGCAUCUGGUAGCAGUGAUAUGUCAGUUCGAUUAUGGGAUGUUAAGACAGGAUAAUAAAAAGCCAAAUUGGAUGGUCAUAGUAAUACGGUCUACUCAGUAAGCUUCUCACCAGAUAACACUACUUUAGCAUCUGGUAGCAGUGAUAUGUCAGUUCGAGUAUGGAAUGUUAAAACAGGAUAAUAAGAAGCCAAAUUGGAUGGCCAUAAUAGUUAUGUCUAAUCUGUAUGCUUCUCGCCAGAUGGAACUAUAUUGGCAUCUGGUGGUUAUGAUAAAUCAAUCAGAUUAUGGAAUGUUAAAACGGGAUAAUAAAAAGCUAAAUUAGAUGGACAUAGUCAGUGGGUUCAAUCAGUGUGCUUCUCACCAGAUAGAACUACUUUAGCAUCUGGUAGUUAGGAUAAUUCAAUCAGAAUAUGGGAUGCGUAAACAGGAUAAUAAAAAGCUAAAUUAGAUGGUCAUAAUAAUUGGGUCCAAUCAGUAUGCUUCUCAUCAGAUGGAACUAUCUUAGCAUCUGGUAGUUAUGAUAAUUCAAUUAGAAUAUGGGAUUUGGAAAUAGGAUAGUAAAUUUAUCCGACAGAUAAACGUUUCAAAGAUCUAAUUGAAGAUUUGAAAAUUCAACUACCAAAAACAGGUAUUUCUUUAACUUUUAUUUAGAUUUGAAUUAUCCAAAAUUAAUUAUUUCUUCAGAACCAACUCUGUAUGUAUAAGGUGCUGUAAUUUUAGGAGAAUUUGUAAAUCAUUAAGAUUAUGAUUUGAAGCCUAUUUUAAAACAAUAAGGUUGUUACAUUUUCGGCAAUUGA